AUCGAGUGAUUGGUCAUGCACGCACUCGGAUCGGUCAGGUGCACGAGAGAGAGCAACAGGCAGAGGAUCGCCGCCGCGCAUCUCUCAGCACGCGGCAGGGUCUGCCUCUAGUAGGCGAGAAAAUAAGGUGGCAGCCGUCGGCGGAAAUGGCAGAUUAUUAGCCAAGAUCGUAUGGUCAUGUACUAGAAGGGCUUCGUCUCACAUCUUUCCAAAGGGCCAAUCUCAUCCAUAUCUACCACCCCCAGCUUCGAGCGGGUGCAGGGCAACGCAUAGCCAAAGAAAACCCGCGCGCACAUCUGUUCGGAAAAGACCGCGGACGAGAGUCAAACGAUGACGUUGUACGUCGCUGGCCUGCGCGGCCUUCUCCCUACGUUUGUCCUCAUCUACGGCUUCCAGGCAGCGUGCGCAGCAGUCGCCGUGCCGAUGCAGACUGAAAAGUACUACGACCUGUGUGGCUCGCUCGGCUUCGUCUCCGCCACGGCGGUCUCGCUGCUGCUGCCGUCGCUGCGCACGCGCUUCCCCACACUCGCCUGGCUCGGCAGUGGUACUGCAUCCGCCACGUCGGCCAGCUGGCCACCGACGCUGGCGACGUUCCAUCCGCGCCAGCUGCUCGCCUCUGCACUUGCGACGGUCUGGGCCGUGCGGCUCGGCAGCUUCCUCUUCGCGCGCAUCCACAAGCAUGGCUCGGACCCGCGCUUCGACAAGAUCAAGAAAAACCCGCCACAUUUCCUUUUUGCGUGGAUGAUGCAGGCGACGUGGAUCUCGCUCACGGCACUCCCCAUCUACCUCGUUAACGCCAUCCCGCCCGCCGCGCAGCCGCGCCUCGGCACAAGGUUGACCGACUACGUCGGCCUAGCUCUCUGGCUUGGCGGCAUGGGCCUCGAGGUCUUCGCCGAUUGCCAGAAGAGUGCGUGGAGGAAAGGGAAGGAGGGAAAAAAGCACGACGAGCCCUUUAUCACUCGUGGGGUCUGGAGCUGGAGCAGGCACCCCAACUACUUUGGCGAGGUCUCCCUAUGGACCGGCCAGUACAUCCUUUCACUCUCCUCUCUUUCUGCAGCGACCCCCAUGUUUUACCCUUGGUGGAUCACUGUUGCCGCCGCCGCUUCGCCCUUAUUCGAGUACAUGCUCAUCCGAUACCUCAGUGGUGUGCCCAUGCUCGAAAAGUCCGGCGACGAGAAGUACGGCAAGGACCCCACGUGGCAGGAGUACAAAAAGAACGUCCCCGUCUUCGUGCCGUUCUUUGGGCCCAAGUGAAGCAUACCCCAGUAUGUCUGCAUAGCCAAGUUCUCAUCAUGCAAUGCAAGUUUCUGCCUGUCAUGCCUAAAAAUCAUUUUGAACGC